CAGGCCGACACCAAUACAUGAAACGACCACUGGCACUUGGAAUGACCAGUAGACCGGCACAGAUGCAUGGGGAAACCAGCAAGCCGACGCCGACGAGACUGUGACCAAGCCACACGCAGAGGAGUCAAAGGAACAAACCGACGAUGCACAGUCUGAGGCGCUGCCCCCCUCCUAGGCCUUUUUCUUCGCAGACGAUUCAUCAGCGUUUUCCGCCCCCCGCAGUCCAAGUGAGAAAUCGUUCUCGCAAAUCGAAGGAAAGCUCGGCCCAGGCUUCCUAUCCUUCUUAAAUGCGCCCAGCAACCACCCGUUUGACAACGACGCGUUUGAAAGCAAAGCUUUCGCCAACACCCUCGACAAUAUUGACGACGAUGAUAUGCCAGACGAAGCACACCUAUUUGCAGACUGGCUGCGCGACAGCCCAUACAAAACAGACAAACGUGAGCGGCUCCUCACUAUGCGGACCAUAGACGCAAUCGACGCACACUGCAACGGUACGGAGCAGACUGCCAAUAUCCCAGUAGAGGCAUGGGAGGCGCUCAACGAGCAGGAACGCUACGCUCUCACCCAGAUGGCACAGUACAGUAAUGUUGGCACGCAGAUCGCCGCUGACAUCCUGAACGCUCUUGAACACUUGUUGGUAGUGCGCGCCGCACGCGACGAUCCGUGCGAAGAUGACGGACUCACAUGGAAAGAGUACCGCAUCCAGACAGCAGGUCUCUUCAACGAACUGCACGACAAAUACGAACGCACCUUCGUCUGUACGCGAAACCCAUACGGCACAUACAACACCGUUGGCGACUUGAACACGGCCUACCAGAUAACCGCCGAUAAUUCUCACGACGACGACGCCGCCCCCGCUGACGACCGUUCGCCGCACAACGACAACGACUUCUAUGAACAAGAUGGCAGUGGGCCUGAGGAAGAUAACAAGGAGGAGUCGGACGACGGGCCAUGGUGGGACGCAUGAAGGAUUAUACUGGGAUAUGAGGGAACAAGUACGGAGGCAUGUUGACACAGGGUAUGAAUGCGGGAUGAUGGGAACAUGAGGGUUACUUGUACAAUAAUGCGACCAUCUCGCAGCUAGAUUACCAUUCAGCCUUGGUCGCGUACUAUUAUGUUCUAGUUUGCCUUCUGCCACUUCCCGUUGCGAAAAAAACCAAAUGUUGCAAU